AUGUUUCGCAACACUCUGUUGAUACCAUUUUUGGCCUCAUUAUUCGCUCUGGUGCUGGUUGAAUCAGAUGCUUUCGUGCUAGAUGCUGCUUUCGAUGCAUUCGUGCAGCAAGUGUGUGACGAAUUACAUGUGCCUGGACUCGGUUUAGCUGUGGUUCACCAGGACUCCUUCAAGUCAAAGGGGUAUGGGUAUUCAAUACUGCCCGAUGUGAAGGCGACACCAGACACCUUAUGGUUCACAGGCAGCACGACCAAAGCAUUUACCGCGACUGCGGCUGCGCUGAUUGUCCAAGAUUCGGUCGAUUACGCAGACAUAAGUUGGUCCAGCCCACUCUCUAAGCUUCUGCCUGGCUAUCUUGCUCUUGAAAAUGACUACUACACUUCCCACAUAACCCUCGAGGACGCUCUGUCUCACCGGUCUGGACUACCCAGGCAUGACCUAGCCUAUGGUUGGGCCGAUCGCCGUGGCCGCGACGCUGACACUAUUGAUGUCAUGCUCACAAUGAGACAUCUCCCUUUGACCGCGGAACCAAGAACCAAGUGGCAGUAUUGCAACAUUAUGUAUGCGACGGUAGGGCAAGCGCUGGCCAUGAUAGGCAGACUUCGUUUCGGUGAUGUCUUGCGGAAGCUUAUAUGGGAACCAAUCGGCAUGAUCUCGACUACCACCUCAGUGAAGGAAGCCGAGGCCGCGAGAGAUCAUUACGGACAGAAGAGACUGUCUAGAGGCUAUUAUUGGAACAAAGAUCAUUACCUUCCCGAGCCAUAUGUAGGACUCGAUUCCCUCGCAGGUGCCGGUGCUACUAUCUCGUCGGUCAAUGAUUAUGCUCUGUGGGUACAGGCCUUGCUCAAUGCUGGCAGUAACGACUCUUCUCCUGUCAGUCAAGCUAUCUACGGAGAUAUCACCAAGGCUAGAACUAUAAUAAGCGAUUUACUACCUGGCAUGCCAAGUCAAGAGAUUCCACCUCUCUAUGCUCUCGGAUGGUUCAAUGUCAUGAUAGGCUCGCAUAAGGUCAUCACGCACGGAGGUAGCGUUCUUGGUUUUGGCGCACAAGUCUACUUUCUGCCUGAGGAAGGACUCGGCUUUGUGUCCAUGGCAAAUACAGCAGGAACCAGUAAUCAGGCUGGUGCGUGGAUAUUUCUCGAAGUCCUCAAGAAGUUGGGCAAGAUAUCUUCGGAACAGGAUGCCGUCCAGCUGGAGUCACUGCACGAACAUAGUGGGAGCUAUACAAGAACGCCUCAGAAGUCGUCUCCACAGCUCCACAAUGUUCACAUCUCAUCGGGUCAAAUGUUACCGCUUCCUGGACACCUGGAUGACUACGCUGGCUUAUAUCACCAUGCUGGCUAUGGAGACUUCAAUGUAUCUCUAGUUAAAAGCAAAUCUGCUCACUAUGGAGGGCGCGCGACAAAUCUACAAGAGUCGAUUCUGUCCACCUCGGCCGAUGUCUCCUUGCACGUUCGACCUUCGAAUAGAACAUGGUCUUACGAAAUUGGUCUCAAGCAUACGAGCAAUACUCUUUUUGAUGCCGAGAUCUAUUGGAUCCAUGGUCGAGGUGAAGUUGGCGAUGAAUGUGCUCAGGAGAAGACGGUACGACCGGGAAGCUAUGAGGUAAGAUGUAAGAAAGAGGUCUUUUUGNAACCUUUGUUCGAAGCCCGAGCUGUUUUCGAACAUGAUCUUAACGGCGAGGUUACGAAGCUGGGCAUUGAGCUUGAGCCAGAGAUGUUGCCCAAGGACGACAGAAAAUGGAGAGAUGGUAUGAUCUGGUUCGAGAAGCAGACAUAG